GUCGAUCGCCUUGGCCCUUCUUUGUUAGUCGGGUUGAUGAGCAGCAAUCCCGAAGUUCAACACACUUCAGUACUUGCUUGUCAUGCUCUAGCUGUACACCAUCCACGCGCUUGCUUACGUCUUUUACCAUCUGCAGCUGGUCUUAGUGAGGGCCGCCUUGAUCUGAGCCAAACCCUCAUCACAUCUGGCCCAUCUGGUGCACCCAAUUUAGCUUUUUCUGGUCUUGAUGGUAAUGGUCGAAAUGCUUCUGCCGGCGCGCAACAGUACCACCAAAUUUUACAUUUGUAUGGCCAGUUCAAAGCUAAGCGCUAUCAUGAGUUCUUCUUCACUCUGCUUCGAUUGCUCGAGCUUCUUGCUGGUAUUGAUCUGAAUGCAGCAACCUCCGACAUGACUCCGCCUGAUGGUUGGUGGUGGUGGAGACAACGCCGAAAUGAUCAAAAACAUUAUCAGGUUUCUACUACCUGUCCAUCUCAUUCUACACCACCUCUCUUCAGUGAAGAAGCAAUGUGGUACAGCUCUAGCAUUGAUCGGAUAUUGGCCAACUUGAUCAACGUGACCGCUCGAUUUCAUUGCAUAGUUCGGCGCUACGGCAUCCCAGGUCGCUUAGCCCGUUUGCUCUAUGCUUAUGCGAAGCAGGCCCCUUGGUUUCGAGCUACUGGCUCUCUAUUUGCUGGACGAGGGAUCUCUGCCUGCAGCCCCUUGGCGCCUAACAGGUCUUCUUCGAUUGACCGUGAUGAUAUUGGCCACUGGGAUGGCUAUAGCUGCCGUAGCGAUUAUGUUGGAGAUGUUCGAAUCUUCAGUGACGUGGUACCUGGUCAGCUCGCAAUGCUAGCGGAUCACUUUUAUGAGUUCUCUGACCUUUUGGUUCACUUAUUUCCAGGUAGCUUUCCUUCAUUGGAAGGCUAUUUAGACAAGCAACCUACUGAACAUCCCUAUACUCUGGGUCAGAUUGGCGUUCAACAAUCAAGCAAACGUCUCAACCUUUCAAUUGUACAGCCGUUUAUCGCUAGGAUACAUUCCUCUAGCAGCCUCCUCGGUAAAUCUAAUUAA